CGGAUAAAAGAGCUAAAAGUCUGAAGAAUCGAAGGACACGUUUAGCUGUAUGAUUUAAGGACGUAUGAUGAUACAGUCUAUUAAGUUGAACAUCAACACCCGCGAUCUGCAGAAGCCGGCAGAGGAAAGCCGGAGUUCCCCUCAGCUGGGCGUGGACCGUGGUGGAGGUAGGAAGUCCAGGGACCGCCGCCAGGAGUUCCCCAAGUCGCCGCGGGAUCCGCUCUGUGCUUCUGCUUCGCGUCUGCAAAUUAAGCAGCAUGAACUAAUGUUCGAGAGUCAAGGCAUGAAAAGUGACGAGGCGUCCUGUCCAGACAGCUGCGGGGACAAACGGUCAAGUCCAGUCAGGGAAGUCAGGAGGGUCAAGAUGUCGUCCAGGGAUAAGAAGUGUACGGGAUGUGCAUUGAAGAAAACGAGAUCAUGUUCUCCUUUGUCAUAUGACCUGGACGAUCCUCUCAGCCGCCAGAUCCGAGAGGUACACCACGAGACCAGGAAGAGUGCUCGCAUAAUUCGGGACUCGCGAGCGAGGCUCCUGGAGAUACAAAAGAAAAUGAACCUCACAGAAGCGGACGUGAAAGAAUUGGGGGAACGGAACGAGCUUCUUUUGCGUGAAAUGGAACGUUUCGACAGGCUCACGAGGAACAUCCAGAAACUGGUGGGAGCUGAAGUGGCCCAGUUCAAGAAGCCCAAAGACACCGAGGAGUAUAUACCUGGCAGUAUUUACGAGCCACCCAUGCACCAUGAGAUGAAGAUGAACCAUCCCACGGUCCUGCUGGCGGGGAACAACGCCGAGAAGCCAGGGUUUGUGGUCUGCAACCCGCCAAUGAGGAGCAAAUCUGAGAUUGACCUGACGAGGAAGUUGAGUGAGAGUUAUGACAUGCAAGAGAAACUUGUCGCUGAUAACGCAGAUUUAGAAGUUAAGAGAUACAUUUUAUACAAGGAGUUGAUGACCAAGGAUCAGAACUUGGAGACAUGUCGGGCUCAGGUGAAGCGUCUCCAGGGUGAACUAAAGCUGAUGAGUAAGGAGAAUUCUCUGUUGCAAGAGAAAUUGAACAAAAAUAAUCCUGAGGGCGAUGCAACUGCGAUGAACCACGAAAUACAAUGCCAACAACAGUGUGAAUCGGAUUGUCAGAACGAUAAAUUCGAUGUAAAACUCGCCGAGGAGUUGGUGGAGAAACUCGAGAACUACAAGACAUCCACAUUGGAACUCGAGAAACAAUUAGGUGGUCUGGAGUUGGAGGUCCACCACAUUCGCGUCGAGAUGGACAAUGUGAAGGCCAACCCGCCGCCGGGGAGCGCGUGUCGCGGCGGCGGCGCCGGUGUGAACACUUGCUUUGAACAGCCUCCCGGCGGACCACCUGUGCCACCUAUGACUAGAGCGUGUGGCGUCUGCCCUCCGUGUCCUGCACCAUGCAACCCAAAUGCGCCACCGACACCAGCCGAAAAAGAAGUUGCAAGACUGACGAUUCAACUCAAGCAAACCGAAGAAAAUUUCAAAACCAAAGUCACAGAAUGUGCUAUGCUCCGAACGGAACUAUUGAAAAAGAAGGAAGAACUAGAGAAAGAGAGAUGCCAACACCGCGAGGUUCAACACAAGCUUCGAGAAUUGGAAAUGAGAUUCGAAGGUCUGGCCACCCAGACCAACAUGAACCUGGGGUCCAAAGAGCAGGCGUUUGAGCAGGAAGUGAAUGUAUCUGCUCUGAAGAGGUGCUACAGGGAGGCAAGAGAAGAGAUCGACGAGUUGAGGAUCCUGAUGAAGGAGCAAAAUGAUCAGCUUCAAGACUACAGAGUCAAAUAUCUCCAAGCUCAGCAGUUAGUGGAAGAGCAGCGUCGUCAAAUGGAUAUGAUGGAUAUGGACAACACUAGGAUCAGCGAACAAAUCAACUUGGAGAUCCAGAGAGUCAAGUUGAAGUUCCAAGAGAAGCUACAAGAGUUGGCACCGAUCCCGGACCUACUGAAGGCGACUCAGAUGAGACUGAAGGAUGCACAGCAAUCGCAGGCAAUUGCUGAACAUAACGCUGAACAACUUGCUAGGGAGCUCAACUGCGCUAGAGAGAAGGUUCACAUGCUUCUACAUCAAAGCACAAAACCACCAGAGAAGCCUCCGGAGAAGGGAGCCGAUGAGAAGCAGAUGGCGUUGUUGCAGCAGAGGAUAGCGCAGCUCACUGAAGGCAACGUUACGCUCAAGACUGAAAUCGAAAGACUGAAAGCUCAAGUGAUCCGCAUGGAGGAGGCAGUUCUGGCGAAUGAGAAACGUCUGCAGGAGAAGAUGCACGAAUGCGCCCAGUUGGGAGGAGAACUGGACCGUGCUAGGGACGAAGCCGCCCGCGCAUUGGCCAGGGCCAAUGAGCGCACGGAGACUAUAAGGAAGUGCAUGCAAACUACUGUAGCGGAGUUGGAGAGGCAACUGGCCGCUACUAGAGCGCAAGUCAAGACUGCAGAGAAAGACCGUGAAGAACUCCAAUGCCGCAUGUCAUGCCAGAUCCAACGGCUCAACGAGAACUUUGAGCAGGCUCAGUUCAGGAUCCUCGGCCUCCAAGCCCAGGUUCAGACCCUCAGGAAGACCGUCUCCAGCACUGGCGAAGGCGACGUGGAUAACCAGGAGUGCGCCUGCAAGACCUUCUUUGAUAACCCUUGAUUGUAUUUCUAGUAUUUGUUUAAUUAACGGCCUUUUAUGGAUGUAAGUCUUUGGUCUUGAUAACCGUUUUAUCGAUCUACAUAACGUUUAAUUACUUUGUUUCUGAACGCAAAAAACACGUUCUAUGGAUUUUUUGUCCAUGUAUCUACCUCUAGUUUAGUCGCAAUAUAAAAGGUACUAAUAUUACCAUUUAAUUGAUUAUUAACUUUAUUAUAAUUUCAAAUGUCACAAGGCUAUCAUAUCUCAUUAUAACCUCGUGGUUGGCCUUGUUAAACUUUUAAAUAGCCUUUUUGAGGCUUUUCUUUAGAUCCUCUCUCUAGUUUUUCUACACACAUUUAUGAAGAUUUUUGCUCAGCGACUUUGAUAAUUGUGCUGGAGUUGCUUGGUAUUAUUGAGUAAUUGCUAUUACAACAAAUAGUCUGCUAAAUUCUACAAAUUGGAUACACAACCCAAUCUCAUGUUUCGACCCGUGCCUCCAUUAAACUAUAAAUAUAUGACACUAAUUGCGUAAAGGUUACAUCGUCAAUAUUUGGAUCACGAAAAGUUUUUUAUUAAAAUUUUCGAAUUGAUCUAAUCGGUAUCUGUAAUGCGAAACAUUGGUUAUAAGAUGAGAAAGUUUCUUAGUUGGGGUUCAAUCGUUAUAAAGCGUCAAACCUUUGGCUCUCUCAGAAUGAAAUUUAUAGUUAGGUACUUUAAUAUAAAAAUAUUUUGAAAAAGCCGAUAGAUUAUCCAACUUAUCAUUUCCAUACGGAUAAUAUAAAUAAUACAAGGCCAUUGUUGCAGAAAUUUUUGGUUUACCAACCACUUUAACUAAUUAGACUGACAUUUUGGCCAGUUCACGAAGUACCUACAUUGUUUGCUGUAUAGUUAAUCUCUUUGUAAAAACAGCGCUCAAAAUAUUUUUAUUAUUUGGAACAGUUAUUAGAAUUGCUUUUGUAAUAUUUAUGAA